AUGGCGAGGAAGAAGUUCAAACUCCAAUGGAUAAUGAAUGACACAGCCAGGAGGACAACGUAUAAGAAAAGAGGGACGGGUCUGAUAAAGAAGGUGAAGGAACUGAGUAUCCUAUGUGGGGUUGAGGCGUGCACCAUCGUCUACAGUCCGUAUGAUCCGCAGCCAGAGGUUUGGCCAUCUCCAAUGGAGGCUGUUAGGGUGGUUGGAGAGUUCAAGAGCAGGCCAGAGAGUGACCAGACCAAGAAGGGGUUGAACCAAGAAAACUAUACCAGGCAGAGGGGGGCAAAAGCUAAGGACCAGCUGGUGAAACAGCAGAAGAAGAACAGGAGAAUGGAGAUGAAAAACCUCAUGUACCAGUGGCUGGCUGGGGGGAAUGGGUUUCAGGACAUGAACAUCAGAGAUUUUAGGGAUUUGAUGUGGUCCAUUGAUGAUCGGUUGAAGGCAGUCGGCCACAAGAUGGAGUACUUCCAUCAUCGGUUACUCCAACCAGGCUGUGCUGCUGCUCCAGCUGCAGUUCCCGUGGCCCAAAAGACUCUGGGACAUAGCUCCCAGGCCUCCAGACAGUCUGGUCACUGUGGCGUACCCAGGAGGCCAAGAUAUGAUGCAUCCUGGUCCUUUCGGUCAUUAUGA